UGCUUGAAUCUCCCAGUCCUCCAGUGUGGCUGCUCCCGGACAGGUCAAAGGGGGAAAUUGGACCUUCAGAAUGAAGGACUUGGGUGCAUCUUGGUUUGGAGGGCUGGUCUUCCUUGUCCCCAAGCAAAAGUUGCUGUUGCUUUCCCCCUGGCUACUUCUGAACGACAUGAACGGCCUUUUCCUUUUUUAGGUGACAAUUCUGCAAGACUAUUCAGAGCCAUUCGAUAUAAGGCAAGAAACUAGCAGUCAGAUGGGGGAGCAGGAAAGGGAGAAGAAUGAAGGCUACGUGGAACCAUUUGAAGCUCAGAGACUCCUGGCUGAGGUUCAGAAGAAUGGGUCCAAGGAAGGACUUGCCAGUCAAAAGCUCCUGCACUUGUAUGACACUCCCUACGAAGGCCCUGAGAACGAACCAGGCCCAGACGUCCAGUCUUCUUCUCAGCCCUGCCGUUACUCGUGGCUGCCAGAAAAUGAUGAGAGACCUCCAGAAGAGUAUGACCAGCCUUGGGAGUGGAAAAGGGAGCGGAUCUCCAGAGUCUUUGCUGUUGAGAUUGAAGGGAUCAAAGACUUGCCGUGGCCUCCACCAGUUGGACAGCUUGAUAGUUCGACUAACCACUCGGAACCCGAGAAACACCUCAUUCUCCAAAGCACCAGCACGAGAGGCUUAUCUGCAGAUGCUCCACCAGGCCUCCAGAAGGCCAGUACCGACACUCCCGACUCCCCAGCCCUGUCCUGUCCCCUGGAUGUUAGUAGCGCAGGAACGGUGAAAAGCCACCUGCCGGCAUGCACAGAGGGAAAGAGCGCCCCCUGCUGGCUGAGCACGGAGGAAGGGGCAGCUUUUGGCGAACACGUCAAUCCGGCUGUGCCACUCGAGAGCCAAGCGUGGUAUCACGGGACCUUGAGCCGGGUGGAUGCUGAGGGUCUUCUGCGACUUUGCCGGGAAGCAAGUUACCUGGUUCGAAACAGUGAGAGUAGCCACGAUGCCUUUUCCCUCUCCCUCAAGAGCAACCAAGGGUUCCUUCACAUGCAACUCUUGCAGACAGAAGACAACAAGUUUGUCUUGGGCCAGCACAGCCCUCCCUUCGACAACAUCCCAGAGGUCAUCCACCACUAUGCCAGCCACAAGCUGCCCAUCAAGGGGGCUGAACACAUGUCCUUGCUUUACCCAGUCUCUACUCAGCCUUCCAGUUGCCUUGCCGCAGAGCAGUGACUUGCACUGAAGGACCCAAAAGCCAUGAGCUGGAGGUGUGCAUGAAAAUCCCAGGUUGGGUGGACCGUGUGUGGUCUACCUGCCCUCGUUGCAUGGAGCAGGCAGGAUCCACAGUGAGGUUGGAAACUUCGUUGGUGAACCCGAGGCAGGGGUCUGCAGAUCCAAGAAUGGUUGUAUCCUCUGCUCCAUAUUUGCCAGCACAGCCACAUCUCUCAUGUUGGACUCCAAAGGAUUCCUUAAGGGUGCCAGGUCAUCCUUCUCCGUGUAGGGAGUGGUCAGUUCUGAGGUUGGCCUUGUGAGUGUCAUCAAUUCCAGUCUCUUGUGCCAAUGUCCCUGCACCCUCACCCUCACCCCCGAAAUCCUGAAUUCCAUCUGCUCAAUGCUCAUCCAUUCCUACCUCCUGGGUACAUCUGUUCUACUUCUUCAUGGCAGCAUAUGCGAUGGAGGCCUUGCAGAUCAAAGGUUUGUAGGAUCUAAUAUUGUGUCCAUCAACAUUUCUUUGGAGGCAGCUUGAAUGUUUAAUGACAUCAAUAGAAGGGACCCACAAAGGUGUCAAUCAGCUAAUCCCCCAAAUGCCUCUUUAUUUCACCACUGACUUUGGAAAUGUCAUUCCUCAACCAACCAAGUUAUUUAUAUAUCUGUGUUACUCUUUAGAUUUGGUCUACUGCAACUCGAUGUCCAGCCAAGAAGCCCUGAUCAAGGUAAAUGGAUUUAAUGAGGAUUAGCUUUGGUGGGUUCCAUCCCAUGAUGGAGUGGGCUUGACAAGUGCUAUGUAGAUGGAGAAGGCUCUUCCAAUUCCUCAACUAAGAGAAUAGAGCUCUCUUAGAUGUUUCACCUGACUCUCAAGAUUGAUGGAUUUCUGCUGCUGCUAAUUGGAGAGCAGUUUCAUUGAGAAGAUUGCUAUCUAGACUGAGGGCUAAUGGACUGGAAAACCAAACAAAAUGAAUUUAGAAAGAAGAGCUAUAUCUCAGGGCUAAAAUAGAGGUUUGGUGUGCAAAGGUUGCAGAUCUAAUUCCCAGGAACUUCCACUAGAAAAGAAUCAGGUCAUACCAUGAUGUGGAAAACUUCUGCUGGAUUGCUGGAAAACUCCUACUGGUUGGCUCAGUAGCGUGGAUUAGCUGGACAAAGAAGGUGGCCUGGAAUCAGAUGGUUUGCUAUGGAGAGAGUCUUUGCAUGUGGCUAGAAACAGUUUUGUGUUAUGAAUUUAUCCAGGAUGCAUCGUGAAACCCUUAUUUGGUAAGAGUUGAGUUGUCUUUUGUUGGUUCCUUCAAGCUAAUAAUAAAAACACAA